AUGGCCUCAAACAUCCCCUCCUCGGCCGGUCGCAACCGUCUGGCGGCCCCUGCAACGCCGGGCGCGGCGACGACGACGACGACGCCCAGUCGCCGCGCCCUGAGCGCCGACCCAACAUCAGCGCGCCUCUCCGCCUCGGCUCGUCGUCCCGGGGGUGCUGCCACACCGCACGCGCGCGCCGCCAUCCGGGCUAUUGACCAGCGCCGCCGCACCCUGUUCACCCCCGGCCGCACCCGGCGACGCAGCUUGCGCGACCAGCGCGAGACGCCCAGGGACAUACUCAGGAACCUCAGCCGCGUGCUGGCCCCGGCCUCCCAGCCCCUGCCCUCGUCUUCUUCCUCCUCGCCGCACCGCGAUGCCAACGACAACACGCUCGCCACGGUGCCCGAGGACGACGACGACGAUGACUUCCUCAUCGAGCGCCCGCGCUUCUCCCUGCCGCUGCAGGAGGAUGAAGACGACAGCGACCUCAAAGUGCCCAGGUCUAGUGGACUGGAGGACGAGAACUACACGGCGCACUCGAUCGAGCUGCCGCGACGGGCGUGGAGUGAGGGGCCGAGCAGGCUUGGUAGAGAGAGCAUGGCCAGUGUGCGCUUCAGUGACUAUGCUGGGCCCGAGAUUCAGAGCGACGACGUCGGCAUAGACUCGGCUCUCUUCCCACCGCCCGCCAUUGAGGAAGAAGACAGUGGUAACGUAAUGCUGGGAGUUGGAGACUCGCCUGAACGGCUCGAUGUUGAAGAGUCGAGGCGACAGACCUUGGGACGGGAGAGUCUAUUUGGGCCCAUAGAGAUACCAGACAUGGGCAACGAGACCACGUUCUUGAUGGCACCAGCAGAUUCGCCAACCCGGGAAGCAACAGCCAUCGACGCGGCUGUUGAGAACGAUGAACCUGGGGUGUUUGACGACAUGGACGACGAUCAUGUGAAUGAACCUAUGGACUUUCCCGAGUCUGAUGACGAAGAUAAUGACAACAUGGAGGUGCCCAACGACGCUGAAAAUGGCAACAUCGAGGAGCCGGAUGCGACAACGCUGUCUAAGCCGAUGGCACUGGCAACAAAUCGAGGGAAACGGAGAAAAUUAGGGAAGAAGAUUUCCAAGCACGGCAUCGAGUAUCCCUCGUUGCCGCCAGGAGUUGUGAAGCGGCUCGCAACUACAUUUGCCAAAACGUCGGGCGUAGGCAAGACCAAGAUCUCGGCCGAUACCCUGGACGUCAUCAUGCAGGCGACGGACUGGUUCUUUGAGCAGCUCGGCGACGACUUGUCCGCGUAUGCCAGACACGCGGGGCGGAAGACCAUUGAUGAGAGCGACAUGAUUACUCUCAUGAGAAGACAACGGCAGACAAGCGCGUCCACCACGCCUUUCUCUCUUGCGCAGCGCUACCUUCCCAGGGAAUUGCUCCAGGAGCUCAGAAUGUCGGUCCCGGUUCCUAUAAGAGCCUCCAAGAAGAAGUCGAGAGCCGUUGACGCCGAGGACGAUGUCGAUGUUACGUGA